AGCUUUGGAUGGGUUGCUUUACCACAUUACGAUGCUAUCUCCAUCGCGCCAACCGCGAGCCAAAUUUCCACUUGGAACCAAGUCAACUGAACCAAGCAUUUUCUUCAGCGAGGCGAAACUGGUUCGAGCGAUCCAAACUCUCGAUUCAACUUGGAAGAGAACGGAUGAAGAAAAGAUUGAUACACCACCGCUGUCAGACUUGCUUCGUGAAGCGAUAUGCAGUGUGUUGAAAAUUGCAGCUUGUUUCGACGUCCCCGACUUGAUAAAUAAGUCUGAGUUGGAGACAGUGUGUACUGCUCGAGUGCUUGGGUGUUUAAAGCGAUUUGUGGCAGGUAUGCCGCCUUCAUUUGGCGAAUGUUGUCACCGCAAAUGUGAGCAACGAUUAAUUCACCUGGCGCUGCUGAGCAUUUUGUUUCGUAUGUGCCGAGAUCCAGAAGUGGCUGGCUACGUUGUAAGGGAAGGUUUGCACAGAUUUCUGGUUAAAAUGUGCACAGCGAGUUCGAUGGAAGAUUAUGAUGUGAGUUCGAGCAUGGAUCCGAAACAUGAUGAAGCAAUUCACACUCAAGACUUCAAUCCCCACGACCUCAUGAUAACAGUCGACCCAUUUGAUUGGUGCUACCAGCCGUUAUGUACUCGCUUGCUGAAAGAGAACAAUCAUUCCUUCUUCAUCCCAUUUGGAAUCCAGUCCUUGAUCUGCUUGUUACGUGGAAUUGCACUACCCACUGACGAAGUAUCCGAGUUUGAGCUACGGAUACACGUGAACGGUGGCACCCAGAAACGUCGAAAACUCCCGUCAAUUUUUGUGUUUCCCUUACAUGGAGGCAACGAAGUUCGUGUUUCAAACAAGACUAGUCAGUACAAACUCCCCUCUCUUUGCUGCAACGAGCUAUCGACACGAAGUGAGCAGAGAGAAAAUAUCGCGCUGUGGAGUUUGGUACUGAACGAUAAUUCGAGUAUUCAUCAUGCUCUCCGAUCUCUCAUCGCACUUUGUAUUCAUCUUCCACGAUCAUCGUUGGAAUACAGAUCUUUAUUACGCGAAGGAAAUAAUAUCCGCCAUUCUCUUUGGAAAUACAGUUGCUUGACGCCCAACUAUCACAAGCUGGAGAACGCACUAUCAUAUCUCAAUGCUGGUACCGGUUUAUUGUUACCAUUUCAACUUAUUGCUAUCCAAGAAUUAACGUUGACACGCAUUGCUUCCACUGCUUUGCCACUCUUCGCUGAAGACGAGUCUACAAAUGUGGUUGUCAUUCCGAUAAAGCAGAUACCUAUUGGUGGACGAAGAGUACUCAGCCCGAUCAGUAAGAAGCCUAAGAAACGGAGGGAUGGUGAGCCAUUAUCACUUCGCCAACGCCUGCACGCUGCAUCUGAGGCGGCACAUUCCGAGUUAACAAGAUGGGAGAAUCAGCGUACUCUACGCAAUCGAGGCUCUGAACUUGUGAGGAAUCACCAAAGACUCGCAAUCCGAAAAGCGUGCGCCGAUGUCGAAAAUCUGCGGAAGCAUUUAAUUGGUAGCCUUGAAAUCCUAUGCUUCGGACGACAACAUCCUGACCCCCAGCAACCAUUUUCAGCGUGGAUCAAGUCACUUCCAACAAUUGAAACGCUUCAACUUGAGCGACAAUAUCAACAGGAAAUGCGCCAACGCCAGAUUCUUGAGCAGCAGUAUCAAAGAGAAGCUCUUCGUCGUCGUGAACGAGAGGAAUGCGUCCUAAUGCAAGGAAAUGACUACAACAUACCAGAAGAGAACGAACUAUCGAUUCGACAGCAGAAACACCAACAAUUUCUUUGUAUGCAAGCAGAAAUGCGCCAACUUGAGCAACGAGACUCCAAUGAAGACAGCCCUAUGCUUACCACAGAGGCUGAUACAAAAGAGACGACAAUGAAAGAAAAACGUGCGAAUCAAGAGCGUCAACGCUUGUUUCAGCUUGAAGAUCAACAACGUGAAGGACGUGAGUUGGAGAAAAUGAGCCGCGAGGAUCUGUAUUACGUAGAGCGCAUUAUACGAGCUAAGGCAAAAGCGAAGGAGGAACAGAAAAAGCGAGAGAAGAGUGGGGAUCUUAAGAAAAAUGCCAUCGAAGAGCAGCAGAGGCAUAUAGCACGAAUGCGUCUGCUGGAUGAGGAGAAACGACUUGCUGAGCGAGAAAGCAGUGGAAUGCAACUUGAAGAUUUACUAGGGAGGCAGAUCCGCCUUCGAGAAGCUGAGAAAGCGAAGGAAGAGUUGAAUAAUGAAUGGCGUGAGAGGAAGGCAAUGCAGUCAGAAGAACAUGAUUGUCGAUCUCGGUGGACACUAUUAGAACGUGCUUUGAUUAAACAACAACAGGAAGAGUUGAAGCAACAGAGAGCUGAAGCUCGGAGGCUAAAACGACAACAGCAAAGAGAAGAACGAGAGGUUAGAGCUGCAUGGGUUGAAAGCUGGGAUGACAACGGCAACAAGUACUACUACAAUUCCAUAACCGAGGUAUCUCAAUGGGAGGUGCCCGACCAAUUUUGAUGUUUAGUGACAUAAACUGAUGAAGAACAGUCGAAAACCAUAUCACAUUCUGUCUCACAACAAUGUGGGUGAAGUGUAUCGGCCGUACAGGGGCUGUCUUUUCGCGUGGCAGUUGAAGUUGAUGACACAAAGUACAUUAUCGACUAGGUGCAAUAAUGUGUGGACCGAGUGAUUUGGAAUUCUUUCUAGCGAAGAUGGAAAUCGGGGAAUGGAUUGGGCGAGAAUGUGAACUCAUGAAAUCACUCAAGAAAGGUUUUGUAUCUAUAUGAGGCGGAAACAAUCUUGUCUGCAAAACCUUUAUUACCUGAGAGUCUCGUAUGAAACCAUUUCAGGGAACUACCCCCAGAUGACUGUAUUCACUUGAUCGUAAGGCUGCCAGAGUCGGAUUCGCGAAAGCGUUACUGCAGGGAAGAUUGGUUUGAGCCGGAUUCUGAGCCAAAGAAGAAGCAACUCUUUUCCUAAUGAGAGAUUUCUCAAGCAUGGUAUCGGACCAUAUGAGAUCAUUUACGGUCCGAUGGCAGGAUUAUUCAGAAAUCACUUCGAUAGCCUGAAGUCCGGUUGCAACAUUGUGGUGACUGGCAAUCCUGGAAUUGGGAAAAGUAACUUUUACCUGUAUUAUAUUCGGGAAUUGACGUCGAGUGGAUUGUUUGAUGACUCGCUGCUCGUCCUGAAUUAUGAGGACGAAUAUCUGCAAUGCUGCUGGAUUACACUUACGUUUUAUGAUAUGACUAAUGAUGAAGUCUACAAUGCUCGGAAAUUUUUGAAAGCUGUUCGUCUUAUCGAGGGUGGGUCGAACGAUAUGAGAUCCUGGCGUUGGGUAUCUAUCGCUUUUGUGCACCCGGAUUGGAAAAGUUUGGUAAUAAUGCGUACCGGUAUACCCUACCUCUAUGGAACAAACAGGAGCUUAUUCAGUUCAACAACUUACUGGAUGAGAGCGAAAAGCUGUCUGAAGAAGAGCUUAUGAAUCGGUGCGAUGAGGUUGGAGAGCUUGCUGUACGUGUGUUUUGUUCGUGGUUUGAACUAAUGGACUUUUCGCCCCAUUUUGGUUUAAUAGAGGACUUUCAUACAGCCAUUUAGGAUGCGAUCAAGACACAGUCUUUAAAUCGCACCGUGAUGCAGGAGCUUUUUCAAAUGGUUCCAAAUCGUACCGACUAUCGAGCCGUUUACCAUUUGAAGGGUUCAUUUCACUCACAGUUGCUCGAACAUUAUCUCGAGCGCUUCACUAGAAAUGUUGUAAGAUCUAUCGGUCUUUGCUUCCUGCCAUGGGGAUGACGCUAAUAAUGGAGUUACACGAGAGCAGAUAUACGUGGAAAUGCGUCACCACUGGUUUGCAAUCCAACCUGAUAAUAAAUUGAAGCUUCGAUCCUUAUCUGGUGGCAAAAGUGAAAUACUACUGAAAGUUCAUCCGAUGCAACUGGCCAUCAAAACCCUCGACAAUGAAAGUCAAUUGAAGUCAUCGUUUCAAGAACCCUCGUAUCAUAAGAUUUUCUGGUGCUACCUCUUUCGGAUAAGAGUUACUUUGCAAGUGUACACCAGUACGCCCAUCACUUGGACGCGUUUUGGGAUCAACCCAAAGAAUCUUUCCCAGCUUUUUGGGAAUCGGAUGACGAGGAUUGCUGAAUGCAGAGCAACGCCAGGCACAAGUUUCAUGAAUCAAAUCUAUUUGAAAACAAAAUAUUCCUAUUCAUCCUCAUCAGCUCUUAGUCUCCAGCCCUCAGCUUGAUUCCACUCUUCAAGACCUUUAGCCUCGCUCCAGUCAAUCUGAAUCUCUUUAAGUUGUUGAGGAGAACCCCAGUCAGACUCAGAUUUUGGAAUAAAUGAUUCUAGUUCGCCACUUGGAAAUAUUUGGUCUGCUGCAAAGUCAAAGAACUUUUCCCACUCUCU